AUGCUGCUGUUUCAAAUGCAGUUUGAGCAUACUACGUCCUCCCGCGUCAAAGGGACUCCCGAGUUGAACUUGCGAGACCGAAUUCUCAAGAACGGGAUGGUGGAGUAUAAGAUCGCAGACAUGGGCCAAAUAAAACACUGUCUGGCGCCCAAGAUUGAUGAGGAGUCUUUUUUUGCGCUGGAUGCUGUGGAUAGCCUAGUGCACUGUGGUAUUCUUGUGAUGGAGGAGAUUCCCAGAGAUGAGCCAGUGUGUGAUCUCUGGAGGAGGCAUGACAUGCUGAGUUGGAAAGCAGCCAGUGACUCUGACCACAGCAGUGACUCCAACUGUGAAGAACCAGACACGCAGUUCUACAAGUCUCCAGCACUAAUUUACUCUCUCUCUCUCUCUCUCUCUCCCACUUUAGAGCUGACGAAUGGACAUAAGUGUGGAGGUCGCUGCCUGGGGCCGUUGACUUUUCACACGGAGGCUGUGGGGAAGCUGGUGACGCUGAGCCAGAACGCUCGUCGCGCGUCCAGAGAUGUGUCGUCUCCCAGAGACGGUCUGGUGUUCAGCAACCGUCCUGUGGUCAAGCGAGAAAAAGUGUGUUUGCGUGUGGAGCGCUGUGUGAUGGCAUGGCACGGCGCCAUUCGUGUCGGAUUCACCAAUGAGCCACCGGAAUCUGUAAAACUUACCUCGCUGGACAGUCCUGAACUGACAGACCAACCCGGUAUCACAGCCGUGGCAGUGCCUGCAGAAACCUGCUUCCCCGGCUCAAAGAUGAAGUUCUGGAUUGAAAGCGAUGGACUCCUGACUGUCCGAGCGCCCAACGGACUAAAGUACACAGCUCAGAGUGUAAACCUGGACCUCAACCGGCCAGUGUGGGCGAUGAUUGACGUUUAUGGACAGACUGCUACGGUGCUCUUACUGGGUUCAAAGAAGAAAGAUCAGAUUUUAGGCUCUAGUAAAUCGUCGUGCCCUGUUCCUUACAUCCCCCCGAACCCGACCGAGUCGGGUUAUGUGGACAAAACGAACAAGCCUCUGGAGUGUGGGGAAAACACAAGCCACAGUCAUCUUCUAUACCCUGAAAACAGAACAAAUACAGAACUGUACAUAGAACAAAGCGCAGUGUAUGUUUGAUAGACUGCCUGAGUGAGCUGUGCUCUA